AUGGCAACUGCCACGGACCAAAUCACCGUCUCCAACGCAGCCAAUUCACCUCUGCUUCGUCUCCCCGCAGAGCUGCGGAACGAGAUCUUCGCCUAUGUUGUCAGCCAGGGUACAUGCGAAAUCCCGAUGGAGCGUAGUCCAGGAGGCUAUAGGUCCCGUCCGAUUCCGACUCCAGAUCGUAAGCUGUAUGGCCGUCCUUUCCGUCUAGGUCUCCUCCCGGAUUGGUUUGGCCUCCUACACGCCUGCAAGUAA